GUGUUGUACCGUAACUGCAGUAGUGGCCGGGUUCAGUCAGAGUACAGGUGUUCGUGUGUGUUCUGUGCAGCAAUCUGCUGCUGAAAAAUUAACGCUUGUUGGUCGAAUUACAUUUGUGGCGUGUUUUUUUGUGCGUGCGUUAUCAGUCCACGUGACUUCCAGACCUGUGUCUGUCGAUUAGGAAUCGAGCGUUUGUCGUCACCUUGCGAACAGCCCAUCUCCCCUAAGAACCUCCCAUCUGACAAAGAUGGCCUCCGGCGACGCCAAAGCGCAGGCGACGCUGACGGGGGAGGGGGAGGAGGAAGAGACCACGAUCUCCCGAAGGGCACGCCAUACCAUCGAGAAGAAUGACUUCCUUAGUACCUACGCUUCGGUGGCCCUGGGAAACCCUUUCCAUCCAGAGGAUAACCCGGAAGGUAUCAUCAACAUGGGCACAGCCCUGAACCACCUGAUGGACGAGGAGAUGCAGGCUCGCCUUCAGGAGAGAGACGGCCUCCGUUACGACAGGCAGUUCCAGCACUACUACGACCUGUCGGGAACGAAGCACGUCCGUAGGUCCGUGGCUGACUUCCUGAAGAGGCGCUUUUGUCCCGAGAGGAAUGUCGACCCGGACAAUGUCGUGGUUUUAAAUGGCGUGGCCUCCUGUCUGGAUGCCUUGGGCCACGCCAUCUGCGACCCUGGCGACGUCCUCAUAACUCCGACACCUGUGUACGGUCGCAUCUUCAGCAACUUCCGCGAGAGGGCGCUGGUCGAUGUGCGUGGACUGGACACCACGGAGCAAACAGACGCCGAAGGGAAAUCCUUCUCCCUCCGUCCGGACGCCCUUGAAAGCAAGAUCCGGGAGCUCCUCGGCGAAGGGAAGAGGGUGAAGGGCGUCAUUCUGGUGCAUCCUCACAACCCGAUGGGCGACUUCUAUUCCAAGACCCUCCUGCUGGAGAUUCUGCAAGUGUGUAAGAGGUACAAACUACAUGUCGUAGUGGACGAGAUCUACGCCCUGUCCAUCUUCCAAGACCCCGAGACGUUCGUCAGCACCUUGGCCCUGGGCUCUGCGACGCCAGAUCCUGAGAGAAUUCAUUUCGUCUGGGGUUUGACGAAGGACCUUGUUCUCGCUGGCUUUCGUGUGGGCGUAGUCCACAGCUUGAAUAAAGACGUCAUCACUUGCUUGAAACGAAUUUCAACGUUCCAGUGCACGCCUUCGAUAAUUCAAAACGCUGCUGCCACCAUAAUGAACGACAAAGAGUGGUUCGACGGCUUCUUCUUGCCAACGAAUCGCAGGAAGUUAGGGGACGCCUACCGGAGGACCCGCCAACGACUCGAGGAAAUGGGUCUCGAAGUGCGAGAAGGGAAAGCUGGAUUUUUCCUCUGGGCCAGCGCGAAAUCGUUCAUGAAGGAGAACACUAAGGAGGCUGAAUUAGAAUUAUUCGAUGCUAUUUUCAAGAAAGGGGUGUACGUAGUUCCUGGUAGCCAGCUCCACUGCGUCAGUCCCGGAUGGUUUAGGCUUAUAUUUACCAUCCCUCCAGAAAAACUGGAAGUGGGCUUAGCGAAAAUCAAAUCGGCGUUGGAUGAGCGGCGUAAAUGAGAAACACCACAACAAUCUCAAGACGGUGAGAGGCGCCACCACACAGAGCGAUGAUUUGCAGCUUCGAAGGCGAUAUCGACGCCCUCAGUCAUUAGGAUCUUAUUACGGGAUUCGGUCGUCUUUUACACGAAGCUGAACGGAGAACCAAAGUGGUUACGCGAACAUAAUUUUAAUGGGUUUGCACGGGCUGCGGUCAGUCUCCUUUCACUCCGUGUGGCAAAGUGGUCUUAUUUCCGAGAACGGCGUAAUAUAUAUAUA